AAGCUUUCAAUCCCUGGGAAGCUUAGAUACUGCAGAAAGGAGAUCUGGGACCUCGGGAAAGCGAUGGAAUAUUUCUCAAGUAUUUAGUGAAAUAACCACAGAAUCAGCUAUCAGGGAACUUUAAAGUUCAGUGGAAACAUUUUUCCAGGACAUUGCAUAUCCAGGAACAAUGGCGGCUACCAGCAGGAAGCUCAGGCAAGUCCUUAUUUUCUUUGUUCUACUGGGUUUCUGUCUGGAGGGUGUGGCGGAACCUAGGCGCUAUUCUGUGGUGGAGGAAACAGAGAGCAGGUCCUUUGUAACCAAUUUAGUAAAUGACCUGGGUCUGGGGCCCAGGGAACUGUCCAGACGAGGGGCUAGGGUCAUUUCCAGGGGGAACAAGCUACAUUUGCACCUGGAUCUGGAGACUGGGGACUUGUUUCUAAAUGAGAAAUUGGACCGGGAAGAUCUGUGUGGGCACUCGGAGCCUUGCGUGCUACGUUUCCAAGUGAUGCUAAACAGUCCCUUAGACAUUUUUCAAGCAGAGCUACAGGUAAUAGAUAUAAAUGACCACUCUCCAGUGUUCCCGGACAAGGACAUUGUGCUAAAAAUAUCAGAGGGCAGUCUUCCUGGGAUUACAUUUCCUCUGAAGAACGCUCAGGACAUGGAUGUGGGGCGAAAUAGUAUUGACAACUAUCUAAUCAGUUCCAACUCCUAUUUUCAUGUACUCACUCGUAAAAGCAGUGAUGGCAGGAAAUAUCCUCAGCUGGUGCUUGACAAAGCACUUGAUAGAGAGGAACAAGCUGAGCUCAGGUUAGUCCUCACAGCACAGGAUGGAGGUUCUCCACCUAGGUCUGGCACCGCUGAGGUCUACAUUGAGGUUGUUGACAUCAAUGAUAAUGUCCCACAAUUUGAGCAGCUUGUUUAUAGAGCACAAAUCCCUGAGGACAGUCCACUGGGCUUCCUGAUUGUUGCUGUCUCUGCUACAGAUAAAGACAUGGGGUCCAAUGGAGAGAUCUCCUAUUCACUUUUCCAGGCUUCAGAUGAAAUUAGCAAAAUCUUUUCUGUCCACGCCAGGACAGGAGAAAUUAGACUGAAAAAUCAACUUGAUUUUGAAAAAGCUCAGUCUUAUGAAGUCAAUGUGGAGGCAAAAGAUACUGGAAGCUUUUCUGGAAAAUGCACCCUCCUGGUGCAAGUCCUGGAUGUGAAUGACCAUGCUCCAGAGGUGACCAUGUCCGCACUUAUAAGCUUCAUUCCUGAGAAUGCUAAUGAGACGAUGGUUGCAGUUUUCAGUGUUUCAGAUCUAGAUUCAGGAGAAAAUGGGAAAACGAUUUGCACCAUUCAGGACGAUCUACCUUUCUUCCUAAAGUCUUCCGUGGAAAACUUUUACACCCUACUAACAGAGAAACCCUUGGACAGAGAGAGCAGAGACGAGUACAACAUCACCAUCACCGUCUCAGACAUGGGCACACCCAGGCUGAAAACGGAGCACAACAUAACAGUGCAGGUGUCCGACGUGAACGACAACGCCCCAGCCUUCAGCCAAACCUCCUACACCCUGUUGGUCCCAGAGAACAACAGCCCCGGCCUGCACAUAGGCACAGUGAGCGCCACAGACACAGACUCAGGCACCAAUGCCCAGAUCACCUACUCGCUGCUGCCGCCCCAGGAAGGCGACCAAGACCCGCAGCUGGCCCUCGCCUCGCUGCUGUCCAUCCACGCGGACAGCGGGCAGCUGUUCGCCCUGCGCGCGCUGGACUACGAGGCGCUGCGGGCCUUCGAGUUCCGCGUGGGCGCCGCCGACCGAGGCUCGCCCGCGCUCAGCAGCCAGGCGCUGGUGCGCGUGCUGGUGCUGGACGCCAACGACCACGCGCCCUUCGUGCUCUACCCGCCGCACAACGCGUCGACGCCCUGCACCGAGCUGCUGCCCAGGGCGGCCGAGCCCGGCUACCUGCUCACCAAGGUGGUGGCGGUGGACGGCGACUCGGGCCGCAACGCCUGGCUGUCCUUCCAGCUGCUGCAGGCCAGCGAGCCCGGGCUGUUCAGCGUGUGGGCGCACAAUGGCGAGGUGCGCACCGCCAGGCUGCUGAGCGAGCGCGACGCGCCCAGGCACAGGCUGCUCGUGCUGGUCCAGGACAAUGGCGAGCCGCCGCUGUCGGCCAGCGUCACGCUGCACGUGCUGCUGGUGGACGGCUUCUCGCAGCCCUACCUGCCAGUGGCCGAGGGCGCGCGCGACCCGGCGCCGCCCGACGCGCUCACUGUCUACCUGGUCAUCGCCCUGGCGUCCGUGUCUUCGCUCUUCCUCUUCUCUGUGCUCGUGUUGGUGGCGGUCAGGCUGUGCAGGAGGAGCGGGGCGUCCUCGCUGGGUGGCUGCUCUGUGUCCGAGGGCCACUUUUUGGGCCCUACUGUGGACCUCGGUGGUGCCGGGACCCUUUCCCAGAGCUAUCAUUAUGAGGUGUGCUUGAUGGGUGAUUCUGGUACAAAUGAAUUCAAGUUUCUGAAGCCAAUUUUGCCUAAUUUCCAGGGCCAUUCUCUUUGACCAGAAGUGGAAGUAGCAUGUGACUAGGUUCUAGUCAAGAAAAUAGAUGCAAAAAUGUUUCAGGCAACUCCUAAGACUUUGCUGUGCAGCUGUUGAGGGUGAACCCAAGACCUCCUGCAUGCUAGACAAAUACUGUGUCACUGAGGUACACCCUCAAUCCCCAAGUACACUUUGGAAAGAGAGAUGACUCACCUGCAAUGGGAUUUUAAAGCUUUGAACAGCUCUGUUCUCUUUGAAAUUUGUAUAGUUUGACUAGGACACAAACGUCCAUGCUGUAUACUAAUGAUGACGACAAUAGGCUACAAUAAUAGCCAGUAUAGAAUGAACCUAACAGACAGGGUCCCUGGUGACUCCAGUAUUAUCAUUUCAUCCCUGGAUUACCAACUUUUGAACAUUUCUACUUGUGAAAUAAAGAAAAAUCUGCAUUGUGCAAGAAAGCAUUAUUUUAGCUUUUGUGCUCUGUCAGUGAAAUCCAAUGCUUUAGGAAUAAAAUUUAACUAAAAUUACAUGUAAACAGAAAGAUAUGCAGAUAUUAAAUGUACAUCUUACUGUAACUUGUCUUUUGAUGCUUCUGAUUUGUGAUUUUUUAAUUAGUUUAAAAGCAUUGAGUGCUUCUUAUUAUCUUUUAAAACUUUUUCCAAAUUCUAAAGGAUUGGCAAUUAAUCUCUUUACAUAUGAAUAAACUGAGGCUUAGAACCAUCAAAUAACUUGAUAAUGAUUCCAAGGAAUAAAAAAAAUUUGAAAUAUGAUCUAAGUCUACUUGCAUCUAAUGUUCCAGUUCAUAACUGAUGUGAUAUACUGGCAGACAUCAACUGGGAACAUUAUUUUUCUAAGGAAAAAAAUGUAUAUUCGCCCUAUUCCAUGAAUAAAGCGGCCAUAUGGAAAUGUUAUCUUUAGCUUACAUUUUGUAUUUGUUUCUAUGAUAGUGACCACAUGGCUUUAGGUCAACAAGUGCUUAGAGAGCACUGACCUAAAUAAGUUGGGUCAUGCCUUACAACUGAUCUUCAUGAUGAAGAACUCAGCCUGAUAAUGUCAUUGUAUAUUCUCAGAAAAUCUCAUUGCAGAUGACUUUCCCUGAAUAGGGCAUUGAUUUGCCCUAUGGUUACAUUUCUUGAAAUUUGUUUGCUCUUCCUGUAGUCAUUUUCUGUCAACCGUGAAAUUAAAUAUACUAUACUGAUUUUAGAAUAUCAUGGGUUUAAAAGCAAUUGUUGUUCUAGUAUUAAUUCCAACUGUUAAUUAAUUUUAGGAAAAUAUAACCAAUGUUACAAGGGAAUUUUUAUAGCUAAUUAACUUAGAUAUUCUGGAAAAUCAUUAGGAUAUAACUGAUGGGCUCCAAUUGUUUUCUCUUAAGAUUAUUUUGCCAAAGAACUAUGUCUUUGACAAAAUUAUGCCAAAUAAUAUUCUCUUUUUGAAUAAUGCUGAACAAUGCACAUGGGAAUAAAUGUGUUUAUUCUGAAAUAAUGACUCAUCAUAGCUGAAUAAAGUAUUCCUCAGCAUUUUCAAUAACACCAUUGUUAUAUAAGGAACCCAAUUUUGCUCAUUCAGCUACUGGUGCAUGAUUAUCAAUGCUGAUGGUUAUGUGUUGGUUUUAUAUCACUGUCAAAACUACCACAGAUAGUUGCUUAAAGCAGUAAAAUGUGUUAAAGUUUUCAUAAAUCAUAGGUCUAACAUAUGUCUUUGGGAUAAAAUAUGGAGUUGGUAGAGCUAUAUUUUGUUCUGGUGACUCCAGAGAAGCCACAUUUUGACUUAUCCAUCUUCUAGAUGCUGCCACAUUACUUGGCUCUUGGUCCCUUCAUCAAUCUUCAAAGCCAGCGUGGGUUCUCUAGCCAUUUUGUAAUAGUCAUAUCUCCUUCAGGCUAGAGUCAGGAAAGUUUUGUCAUACUCAUAUAAUACAGGACAAUCCAUCUUUCAUAAGGUCCUUAAUUUAAUCAAGUCUUCAAAGAAAUUUCAUGCCAUGUAUAAGAUGCUGUAUCUGCAGAUUUUGUGGCAUCUUUGAAUGACCAUUAUUCUAUCUAGCAAACAUUGACUGUUGGGAAGAAAAUAAGCAAUACUGCUUGUGGUCAAAGGAAGGGACAUAAGUCUUUAUAACCAGAGCUUGGGCCUCACUGACUUGAUUCUAGAAUCCAAGUAAAUUAGCAAACUUCUCAAGCAAUUAACAAAAACACUGAAUGAAUUUUUAAAGAUAUCAGUAUAUGCAUGUGGCACAGGAGAUCAAUCUCAGAGCCUCAUGAUCUAAACACAUGAUCUACCACUGU